AACGUUGAGAUUUAAAUGCAGCUGUUGCUGCGUAAAGGAGAUGUAAUUUUUACCUCGCUGCCCUUCACCUCAACAGGAACACCUGAUGUGUCUUCUAGAGGGAGGCGAGGGUACAGCAAGGCAGUAGGAAUAACGGGGCCGGGGCCAGCGCCCCUCCCCAGCGGGCGCCUUGCCGCAGAGCCUUUCCCAACACUUCCCGCAGCCGUUCCCGUCCCGGGGAGCGGGCGGAGGCACGGCCGCGGCCCCGCGCCGCCGCUCGGGCCGGCGCUGCCGCCUUCCCGCCGGCGCCGCCGCCUCGGCCGUUCCCUCAGCCCCCGCGCCGCGCCGCGCCGCGCCGCUGCGGGCCCGCCCCGCGCCGCAGCCGGCGGGCCGGCAGCUCGGAGGCUGCUCUCCGUCAGCAUGGUUCAUCACUCGGGCUCCAUCCAGUCCUUCCGCCAGCAGAAAGGUAUGAAUACAAGCAAGAGUGAGACAGUGAAAGAGCACCCAUUAAAACCUUCUAGAAGAUCUAUGCCAUGCCUUGCCCAGAGCCAAACACAUCCUCAGAGCCUGAGUAAGCAUUCAUCAUUUCUGCAGCCAAACUGUGUGCAGCCACAGCUCCAGCCCCAGCCCUUGAGUGCAGGGACAUCAGCAGCUGCAGUGGAUGUAGUGUCAGAACGAGCUAAAGUGAUGGAGACUUUGGAAAACAACUUGCUUAAGCUGUCUAAUACAGAAUAUGGUGACCCAUUUUUAGGCACACAGUUUGAGGUGAUUGGGAGUGGGGCUGUGGCCGAUCCUCAGUGGGUGCAGCUGCGCAGGACAGAUGUAGGAAAGGACAAAGAUACAUAUACAGAUGAUUCAGAACAUGGGAAUUAUGAUGCUCGUACAGAUCAGUCAUUGCUUAUUCAAAAUAAGCUCACCAGGCAGAAAACAGAACCUCGAACUAAGUCAUCGUUAAAGAGUGACACCAUGGCAUCAUUAGGACUCUUCUUCAAAGAUGGCAAAAAGCGCAUUGACUACAUCUUGGUCUACAAGAAAUCAAGUCCACAGGUAGAAAAAAGAAGCACAUUUGAGAAGAAUUUGAGAGCAGAAGGGCUGAUGUUAGAACGGGAGCCAGCUGUUACCAACAGUGAUAUCAUGUUCGUUAAAAUUCACUGUCCGUGGGAGACAUUGUGCAAAUAUGCAGAAAGAAUGAACAUCAGGAUGCCUUUCAGGAAAAAAUGUUAUUACACUGACUGGAGGAGCAAAACCAUGGGCAGUUUGCAGAGGAAUAUUAGGGAGCUGAAAAGCUGGUUGCCAAGAAAUCCCAUGAAGCUGGAUAAGGAGGCCCUGCCUGAUCUGGAGGAAACAGAUUGCUACACAGCCCCCUUCAGCCGUGCUCGCAUCCACCACUUUACAAUAAACAACAAAGAAAGCUUCUUCAGCAAUUCCACAAGAAGUAGAAUUGUGCAUCAUAUGCUACAGAGAACUAAGUAUGAAGAUGGAAAAUCCAAAAUGGGUAUUAAUAGGUUACUAAAUAAUGGAACAUAUGAAGCAGCAUUUCCACCACAUGAGGGAAGCCACAAAAGCAGGCAUCCCAUCAAAACACAUGGAGCACAGAAUCACAGACAUCUCUUGUAUGAGCGCUGGGCUCGAUGGGGAAUGUGGUAUAAAUACCAGCCUCUUGAUUUAAUCAGGCGAUACUUUGGUGAAAAAAUUGGACUGUAUUUUGCCUGGCUGGGAUGGUAUACUGGAAUGCUUAUUCCUGCUGCUCUGGUUGGGCUCUUUGUUUUCCUCUAUGGAUUAUUUACAAUGGAUUCCAGCCAAGUAAGCAAAGAGAUCUGCGAGGCAAAUGAAACCAUUAUGUGUCCUAUGUGUGAACGCAAUUGCACACUACAAAAACUCAAUGAAAGCUGCAUAUAUGCCAAGGUUACACAUUUGUUUGAUAAUGGAGGGACUGUCUUCUUUGCAAUUUUCAUGGCAAUUUGGGCAACAGUCUUUCUAGAGUUUUGGAAAAGACGGAGAGCUGUAUUGACUUAUGAUUGGGACCUCAUAGACUGGGAAGAUGAGGAGGAAGAGCUGCGUCCCCAGUUUGAAGCUAAAUAUUCUCAAGUGGAAAGAGUAAAUCCCAUCACAGGAAAACCUGAACCUUUUCAACCUUUCCCUGAUAAGCUCAGUCGACUGAUGGUGUCUGUCUCAGGAAUAUUCUUCAUGAUUUCACUGGUCCUUACUGCAGUGUUUGCAGUUGUGGUGUAUCGGCUGGUAGCCAUGGAGCAGUUUGCUUCUUUCAAGUGGUAUUUCAUCAAGAAGUAUUGGCAGUUUGCAACAUCUGGCACUGGAGUCUGUAUCAAUUUUAUGAUCAUCAUGUCACUCAAUGUUGUGUAUGAAAAAGUUGCCUAUCUCCUGACAGACUUAGAGCAUCCUAGAACAGAAUCUGAGUGGGAAAACAGCUUUGCCUUGAAAAUGUUCCUCUUUCAGUUUGUCAACUUGAACAGCUCCAUCUUCUACAUCGCCUUUUUUCUUGGCAGAUUUGCAGGCCGCCCAGGAAAGUACAACAAGCUUUUUAACAGAUGGAGGCUGGAAGAGUGUCAUCCUAGUGGCUGCUUGAUAGAUCUAUGCUUACAAAUGGGAGUUAUUAUGGUUUUAAAACAAAUGUGGAACAACUUCAUGGAACUAGGCUAUCCUUUAUUACAGAAUUGGUGGUCACGACGCAAAAUGAAGAGAAAAGGGCAAUCAAUGGAGAAUAAAAUUUCUCUACCUCAAUGGGAAAAAGAUUGGAAUCUGCAACCUAUGAAUCUCCAUGGUUUAAUGGACGAAUAUUUAGAGAUGGUUUUACAGUUUGGCUUUACCACCAUUUUUGUUGCUGCUUUCCCCCUGGCACCUCUCCUGGCACUGCUCAACAACAUCAUAGAAAUCAGGUUAGAUGCAUACAAGUUUGUCACUCAGUGGCGAAGACCCAUGCCUGCAAGAGCAACAGAUAUAGGUAUUUGGUAUGGAAUUCUGGAAGGAAUUGGAGUUCUGGCUGUCAUCACCAAUGCCUUUGUUAUUGCCAUUACUUCUGAUUACAUUCCACGUUUUGUCUAUGCAUACAAAUAUGGUCCCUGUACAGAUCAAGGGUACAGACAAGAAAAAUGCUUAAAAGGAUAUGUCAACAGCAGUUUGUCAGUAUUUGAUUUGAGUGAACUUGGGAUGGGCUACUCAGGAUACUGUAGGUACAGAGACUACAGAGCCCCACCAUGGAGUUCAACUCCAUAUGAAUUCACUUUGCAGUUUUGGCAUGUCCUGGCAGCACGACUGGCCUUCAUCAUAGUAUUUGAGCACCUUGUUUUUGGAAUAAAGUCUUUCAUUGCCUACCUAAUUCCAGACAUACCGAAAGACUUGUGUGACAGAAUGAGAAGAGAGAAAUACCUAGUCCAGGAAAUGAUGUAUGAGGCUGAACUGGAACAUUUGCAAAGAGAAAGGAAAAAUAAUGGAAAACAGUAUCACCAUGAAUGGCCUUAGUCAUUACCAAGCUGCAACAAAAACACUGUUUGAAAUUGGAGAGUGAAUUUACAAAAUGAAGUCAGUCUGGCAUCAGUGUGAGGUUUGGUGAUGGUGUAUAUAUGUUCUUGCUAGGCAGUACAGUUGCAUAUUUUGGUGGCCACUGAGAUGUUUCCAGUGAUGUCAAUGAAAAGCCUUACCUGUAACUGGUCUGUGAUGAGCUCCAAUGACAAUUGGCAUUCAGAAAUUUGUCCAGAGUGAAAAUCUGGACAUUGUUUUAAAAACAGGCAAUGGAUUUUCAUGCUGUUUAUGAAGAUACUAUCAGUAUGAUGGAAACAGAAAAUUACCUGUGAACCUAUAGAGUAACGGCAUGACUAAAACCAACUUACGUGAUCUACACUACUUCUACAGCUUCUGAUUGCUCUGCUCUAUCUGUAAUAACUCUAAAGAAAAGAGCAGUUGUUGCCUUUGUGGCUAUAACUUGAUCCUUCAGGCUUACUGUUUUGUCAGGUUUGUCCUAGUCUCUUGUUGAGAUUGUGGAUGUGGUCCUACCCUAAAAAAAGGGGUCUGUGGCUGCUAAAUAUAUACUAUGCAGUUUGAGAUUUGCACAUCAGUAUCAUUAAUUUACCCAUCUUGAAAACCAAAAAGUCCAAAUUCAGAAAGAAAACAGCAGCACCAGGAGAAGGUAAUUUUCUGUUUGAAAAUUACACAGCUGUUGAUUUGUCUUUGCACUUUUGUGUGUGAAAGGCCAUCUCCACAUGCUUCCAGAAUGAAAGAACUGUCAUUUUCAUACUAUGUUACUGUUCCUCUUGAUCUGCCUGGGCAAUGAUUCCAUGACUUCACAGAGUGCUAACUUGAAAUACUCCCAUGCAGUGCAAAUUAUUUUCUUUUCAAAAUGCAAUUAUAUCUUUAUAGGAUGCAAGCUUCUGCUGAUAUAUAUGAGACAUACAGUAUAACAUCGUGGCUUGCUUGUUCAGGGAAGGAGAAGAGCAACUUGUAACAAUGUUCUUCUUAUUGUAAUAGUAAAUAUUGUUGUAAUGUAUGCUUCUUUUAUUGGUCUAAAUAUGUCAUAACAUUGGAGCUGGCUACAGGCAAAUAUGUAUACAGAUUGUAUAUAAAUGCAUACACACGCAAUGGUUACUCAUAGAUUUACUAUUAUUAUUAGUAUGUCCUCGUACACUUUGGGGAGGAAUUUUUUGAUAAAAUCACUAAAAAAGUAGAUGUUCAUUGAAGCAUCAUAUUUUAGUUUUUAUGUGCAAACAGCAUACUGCAGUGUUGCUUGUGGUUAAUAGUCACAUUUUGGUGAUGAAAUUGUCUGUUACUAACAUUUCAUAAUACAGGAAAAGCACUUCAUGUUUAAACAAAUUUGAAGGGAUACCUUGCAGGGAAGGGAAUGGAUAAACAGUGUUACAGUUGUUCUGUUUCUCUUGUACAAUUUUAAAUAAUGCUUCUCUGUAUUGGAUGAGAAAAAUCUGAAAAACAAAGAGUUAGCAAAGCACAGUAGCUACAAAGUCUACAAAUUUUGACAUUAUUUUUAGGGAUAAAGCUGCAGCAAAAUCAUGUGUCAAGUAUUCACUCGUAUUUAUUAGCACAAUAAUAAUAUUUCAGUGAAAUAAUCUUAUUUCACUGAAAUUAAUUUCAAGAGUCAAGAGCCCAUCAAAGUAGUUAACUAGGAUUUGUUGUAUCCAGAGAGCCUAACAUCAGACUUUUAAGUUCUUCAGUUGUUUCACCACUUUAAUGAGAUUUCUUGGUUAAUUUCAGCUCCAUUACAAGCAAGACAAGGCACUUGUAGGGGUAUCUAUAGUACUGCCUGAAAGGAGGAAAGAAAUUUGAAGAAAAAUUUGAAGAUCUGGCCCAAUCAGGUACAUUGCCCAUUCACUCUGUGAUAAAGGGCUGAUUGAACUCGGCUUGCCGUGUUUUGGAAAGGCUGUUUCAUUCCUUCAUAUUCUGGGUUGUGCAUUAAGUCCCUCAGGAGUUGUUAUCAGAAAAAAAUUACUGCACUCUCUUCAGUGCUAAUAGAAUCACAAGAUUUGAUUUAAUUUAUUGUCUCUCUGUCUCAUUCUAUGGACUGUGAAGCACUGUUUGACAGCUUUUACUGUGUCACAGUUUUUAUUUGUGUGCCACCUAGUGAUAAUUGAAUGCUUCAGAAGGUCACAAAUGAGCUCUUUCCAAUAUUUUCUCUAAAAACAAAAUGUCUUGGCUGGGCCAAGUUAUAAAGGUGUAGGGUAAAAUUAAGCAAAAAUCAGAAAUAUUAUUUUAUACUUUCUUGUUUCUGCUAUUGAUAUUGGCACGUGUCAAUACAUACCUAGGCAAAUUCCAAUUGGACUUGAAAAACCACAUUAAACAAUCUUUUUGUAUUUGAGAUUUGCAUGCAUAUAUAUUUAUAUAUAUAUAAUGAUUUUUUUUAACACUGGAAUGUAGAAGUAUAUGAAAGGCAAGUAUGUAGAUCUGACAUGGUGCAGUUUAUGCACUGGGAAAGCACAAGAAAUUUGGAGAAACACUCUGUGUGUCCUUUACAUUUGGAGGACAUCAACAGUGUGUAAAGGUCUUGCCACCAUCUAGCCAGUUGCUUAAGCUCAGAAACUUUUUUCCUAGAUUUUGCUCAGUAUGCUGUUUCCAUUGACUGCAUGUUAUUUUCCUAAAGAACAAGGCACACACUGUCCUCAGGAAUAAUGUAUUUUUUGAAUGGUGAAUGAUCUUUUAAUAUGCUAAAUAUGGUCUUUUCAAACAAAUGACUAGUAUGACUAGACUGUGCAUGCAGGCUGCAUUUGUGAAAUUUGACAAAGCUUUAGAACCUCAGUUUGUGCAAAUAUGCUUUAGAUCAUUGCAGAUCUAAUCUAUGAAAAGUUUGCUCUAUGCAUGCACCCUUAGAGAGACUGCAUGAGCAACUAGAUUUUUUAUAUACAAAGUAUUUGUUCAAAAUGUGUCAAUUAUUCUUAACCAAAUUUUGCAUCUUGUUUCAGACAAAAGAAAUUUCCAUUUCAGAAAUGGCACCAAGUCCAGAUAUGUGAUAUACACCUCAUUUCUUACAACUUUUUAUUCUAAAUUUGUGCCUAAUGUGUGAGAUCUGAAUUUUGGUGAAUAAAAAAAGGAAGAUAAGGAUUCUGUUUUACUGGCCAUCCUAAUGAGAGGUUCCCCUAAAUUUGUCUCUACAAAGAGGGAGGCAUUAAGAGUAUUCACAGCUGAGUGCUGAGGCUUGCCUGAAUGUUCAGCUCAGGCUCCCACAGCACACUGAUUGAGAUAUUGGAUAUUCCCUGGAUAUUUGGAAACAAGGCAAACCUUAUAAUGAGUUCAGUAAAGCCUUGGAAACUGUCACCCAUGGCAUUCUUCUGGAGAAAGUGGCAGCAGGUGCACUCUUAGCUGGGUUAGUGCUGGAUGUCCAUGCCCAGAGGGUGGCAGUGAAUGCUGUUUAUCUAGCUGGCAGCUGGUCAGGAGUGGUUCCCCAAGGGAACCAGUUCUGUUGGGGCGAGUUCUGUUUAAUGUCUUCAUCCAUGAUCUUGACAAGGGGAUCAAGGGUAUCCUCAGUGAAUUUGCAGACAAUCCUGAGUUAGGUGGGAUUGUUGAUCUGCUGGAGGCCAAGAAGGCUCUGCAGAAGGAUUGUCUCCCUGUAUGUGAGUGAGGCCACACAUUGAAAUGUGUGUCCAGUUCUGGGCCCCUCAAUUCCAGGCAGACACUGAGGUGCUGGGGCAUGCCUAGAGAAGGGCAGUGAAGCUGGUGAGGCAUCUGGAUAGAUUAAAUCAUAGGAGGAGUGGUUGAAGGAGCUGUCAUUGUUUAGUUACAUGAGGAGGCUCAGAGGAGUCUUAUCACUCUCCACAACUACCUGGAAAGAGAUUGUAGCAAGAUGGGAGUCAGCCUCUUCUACCAGGCAGCUAGGGACAAGACAAGGGAACAUCAUAUCAGGCUGCUCACAGUGAAGUUCAGGUUGGACAUCAGGAAGAAUUUUCUCAUUGAAAGCAUUGGAAUGGGCUGUCCUGGGAGGCGGUGGGGUCAUCAUCCUUGGAAGUGUUCAAGAAAUGACUGGGCAUGGCACUUACUGUUGUGAUUUAUUUGUCAUGGUGAUAUUUGGUCAAAGAUUGGACCUGAUAACUUUGGUGAUGUUUUCCAAUGUUAAUGAUUCAAUUCUUUCUUAACCCUUUUUGUUAAAGGAUUUAUAGAGAAAAUGGUGACAGGGCUAAAAUUUCAAUAGCAAUGAUGAAUGAUAAGUGAGCUUUUGGUUUUUUUUGUUAGAUGUUUCUGUGGAAGUGCAUAUCUUCACUAAUAUGAAGUACACAUCAGCUGUGUGCCUUUCCAACAACAACUUGUCAUAAAUUGUGUUCUGAGGGACAGUUAGGUUCAAUUAUGCCCUGUGGAAAGCUCAAAAGGAAAAUGUUUAGACAGACUGGUGAAUAUAGGUUAGUAGAUAAAUACCUUAAUGGAAAAAUUAAUAAAUUUCAAGAAGUUUCCUUCAUAAAAAGUUAUAUGGAAGGAAAAAUACCUUGGGAAACAUAGCUUCAGGGCAAGUAUUAAUAUGGAGAAAGGCAAAAAUUUUGAUGUUUUAUUCUUAAUGUGCCAUUAAGAUGAUCAGUCUAAUCAUAUGGAUAAUGCACAUCUACUCUUUCCUUGCUGUGGCUUACUCCACUGCAGACUCCAACUAAGAGUGUUACCAGAGAGAAUUUCUGGAGCCAUGGAAUCUAUUGGUGUUACCUGUCAAGUCCUACAUGGCAUUGUGGGACUUAGCAAACUUUUGCAAUAUGUCACAAUUUGUUUGGAGGCAAAUUAGUAUAGUUAGCCUGUAACUGUCACCAAUUUUCUUUGAAACUAUUAUAAACUAGAUUUUUUUGUAUAUACAGGGCAAUAGCCUUAUCAAUAAAACUCAUUUUAUACAAACGGCUACUUAUGAAUGUGAUAAAGUUGAUGGAAAAUUUAAAAAAUAUCACAUUUUCUAUUUAGCUUCUAUUAAGAAAAUGGACAGAGAUAAAAAUAGUGGUAUCAGUAAUCACUUAAAAUGCAGUAGUACUUCCAGAAGCAUUAUAUUUUUUUGGAAUCCUCAUAAAGUGCUGAUGUUGCUUGUUUAGGGGUAAAGUGUGAAACAAAUAAAAGGACAGCAUUUCAUAAUGAUUAUUUGAUGUUAAGACUGAAUCUAGAAUUCAAAUAGAAUUCCACUUCUAGAUAGACAUUGAUUCCAAUGCAUACUUUUUCUGACUAAAAUGCAUACAGUGACACUUUUUCAAAGUGUUUUAGUGAAUUCUAACCUAUAUUCCUGUAGUAGAAAAUCUAGUAGCUUAAAAAAUUUCCCAAGUCCUUUCAUACUUAAUCUCAUGCCCGCAAAACACAUGUUCCUCUGAGGUCAAAUUCAGCAACCAGCAUGUGGAGGAUGAGAUUGAGCUGAAGGCAGCAAAGGGCUCCUGUUCACUCCAGCAAGUUUUGUUCCAGAAUUGCAUCAGGCUCUGCAAAAUAAGGGUUUGAGGAUGAAGCAUGGGGACAGGCCUCCGGAUAUUUUCUUUUUUUUUUUCUCCUUUGGCUCAUUCUUUAUUUAUUCUUGUUGUUUUGUUGCACACUGCCCUCUGGGUGACAGUCCAAUUUCCAGGACAAUUCUGUUACAGCAGAUUUUUUUACAGGCUGUUUUUGGAUGUCCCUUACUGAGAUGCCAAACAAAUCUGUUUGGUGCUUUUUACAAAUUGGUAUGCCUUGGUGGGAUGAAGCAGUGUGAGGCAGGAUGGGGCACCUCUACCUGUGCUGUUCCUGUCCUUUCAGUCACUUCCCCAAGCACCAGAGUUUUUUCUCAUUGUGUCCCUUCCUACACAUGCACAUACACCCUAAAUAUCCUAGUUGUAUAAUUUUUAAAUUUCUAUAAUGGAUUAGUUUUGACAGUUUUUAUCUGAUAUUGCCAUUGCAAAUGCAUUUACUAGAAAUUUGGAUUGUUGUAAGCUUGCCAUUACCAUAAUAGCACAAUGUUACCAUCACAGCACAAAGUUAUAAUGGCACAACAAGUAACAGUAGGGAAAUAACUGCACUAUUCCAUGGUAUACAGGAACUUUUUAAAUCUAGGACCGGGAUGUAGUCUUGAAAUGUAAUUGUGUAUUUCCUCUUCACUGCACCCAAAAUGACUUUGUGUGAGUUCUGUUGGCUCAUUCUGUCUUUUUGAUACAACCUCUGUAUUGCUAGCUGUUCUCUGGAGUUUGCAUUCUUACUGGUAUGAGCUACUUGUUAUGAUGCAACAGGGUGAGAAAUUAGGGUUAAACCUAAUGGAGUGUAAAGCUAGUGAGAUUUUAACCACUGAGAACGUGAUGAUUUUUCUUUUAAUAAUGAAUAAAAAAUCAGAUCACAUUUUCUUUUCAUGUUCUAUUUAAAUUACUUGGAAUUUCGUAUUGAAUAAUCUUCCAACCAGUUUGCUCUAAUUUUUACCUAGAGUAGUAUAACUGAAAUGUCAGUUCUUGGAAAUAAUCUCAUGUAAAAUCUAACUGAAUAAGAUAGUUCAGUCAUUUUUUUACUCUGAUAGUUCUGGCUAACUUGCAAUAUCAUAGUCAUAAGAGAUUUCUUAAAAUGUGUAUAUAUUUGAAAUUUAUGCAAUGUUUAAAUACAACUUGAUUUCUAAGUAAGCAGUAAGAACAAAAUUUCAGCUAUUUUUUCUACUCAUAAAUCUACACUUUGUAAGUAAUACUUAAAUCAAGUUUACAGUAAGAGAGAAUGUUUUUGGAGAAAUCUACUUUUCUGUGCAAAAGCUGUAAGUUCCUCCAGCAUGUCAGCUUUCAGUUUAUUUUGUAUUUUAAGACUGCUUUUACAAGUAUCUAUGUACCCUAGAAGUAAAAGAAUUCACUGAGGAAAAAGCUGUAAAUUUGAUUAACUAUUGUAAGACACUCAUGGCAUAAAUUUGUCUUUGGGAUGCUGUUUACUUUAUCAAGGUUUACAUAUACAAAUGCAAUUACUUGCUGUAUCAUGCACAUUUGAUUAUUACUUUCUUUUUCAAUAAUAAACUUGGAUAUCUUUGAAAAA